CGAAAGAUUUUACAUCAGUGCUUGGUCAGCAACAGAUUUAAGUGAAAUGGCAAGUAAAUUGAUUAAAUUCUAUAGUCAAUUUAUUAUUUUUAUUGUUUCAAAGGUUCAAAGUAUUACAUAUUUUUUAAAUAAAAUUGAUUAAAUAUAAUUGUUAGAAACAAAAUUAACACAUUGCCAUUAAAUUAUUUAACUAAAUUAUUUUAUGAAAUUUUAGAGCAAAAAGAUAGCAUAUAGUUCUUCAUUUGAAAGUUAUAUAUCACCAGGAACUAUGAAUGACAUUUUGUUUUUAAUAUUAAGGAGUCAAAGGCCUCUUACAAUAUCAAUGGCAAGUUUUCUUCCUGUUCUUUCUUUGGAAUAUUUUGGAAAUUUUAUGGCAAAGGCAUUCUCUUAUUUUACAGCAAUGAAGAGUAUCAUCAAUACUUAACUCUGCAUAUAGAUUCUCUGUUAUAUAUGUGCAGUCUAUUUAUAUAUUAGAAAUUACCUUGUCUCAUUUAAAAAAUGCUUUAAAAGUUAUAAAUCUUUAUGUUCGGAGCAUCGCUCAUUAACAUGUAAAUAGUGAUUGUCCUUGUUCAUAGUUAAUUAAUUCUUUGUUGACAUUUAUUUUAAAUCAGCUAAUCUUUGUAAUCUUGGUAAGCCUCGAGCUUGCUAUACGUUAUUUCCAUAAUAAUCGUCGACAGAACGUGUUGUUUAAUUACAUUAACGGAUAUUAUUGGGCAAAAUGUCGAUCGCGAUAUCAGGGCCGAUCAAUGAUCGUGAGUCGCAUUGGAUGGUGCUGCCGUCGACGAGUUCGACUCAGCAAUCCGAUUGGUAGUGUCCGUUUUACACUGUGCGCAUCUGGAACGCUCCCCUCCGGUGUGCUUAGAAGAGGAUGGACAUUGUGAGGAAUUAUUUUUGCGGACAACUCACCGUGACUCAUCUGGCUGUUUCAUAGUAUCGUAUCAUUUCGCAGGAGAUAGACUCUAUUUCGUCGAUUCACGCCAGAUAAUUGUGAACCGAUUGCAUUCGCUAAAACGUUAAUUUAAAUCAGAUCCUGAGUUGCGAAUCAAUUAUAAUAAGUUAUGCAAGAUUAUUUGGAUAGUGGUCAUAUUGAGCUCACUCGUCAACUAUUCCCAGUUGACGGUGACAUAAUCUAUUUACCUUAUCAUGGAGUGUUCAAUGAUAGUACGACAACCUAAUUACGUGUGGCGUUUGACGUAUCUUUGAAAUGUUCGAAUGGUCAGUCGCUCAAUCAGAUAAUGUUCAUCGGUCCGAUGGUGCAAUUGGAUUGGAUAAUGGCAAUUUUGUUGACACUUAGGAUAGGAGCUGUGGCAAUUACCACCGUAAAACAAAUGUUUCGUCAAAUUUGGAUCAAUCCCGCACAACGAGACUAUCCAAAAAUAGUUUGGCGCUUCUCGGAAAACAAACCGAUAGCCGACUACUUAUUAAAGUCUGUUACGUUUCGAGUGGUUUCGUCGUAUCUGGCGAUUUAUUGCAUUCUGUGGUUAGCGGGCAAGGAGGCUUACCCAUUGACCUCAGCGGCGCUGCAAUCUUCCAUCUAUAUCGACAAUCUGAUAAUUAAAGUGUUCGCAGUAGGAGAAAGUUAUGAGCUUCGCAAGCAAUUAUAUCGUUACUCAGUAGCGCAGGUUUCGAAUAAAGAAUGGGCUAGCAGUUAUGCGCCAGUCCUGACGAAUCUUGCCCCGGAGCUCUGUAAUUGUUCGCUUUUGUCGUUUGAAUCUAUUAAAGAUGAAUCUCUUAAGAUCUUAAGGCUACAUUAGUAUUCGAGUACUGUUAGCUUCGAAUUUCAGGUCAGUUCACUGGAUAAAAAAUGCAUCAAACGCACUAUUUUAUUCAAGUUAAUUCGAAACUUCGAUCCGCUUUUCUAACCUCCCUAACGUUUGCAGCCAAGGGUCUGGUGCAGCAAUUGUGAGCUUUGAAGAUGGGCUGGGACGACGGACCUUUGGCAGAAAUAUGCGCUCGAUGGGAGAGAUACAGCUUAGAGUUAUCCUUGUUGGCCUUUGUUUGCGUACGCUGCGUCGUGGCGGUGGGUGAUGUGAUUCGCUGGGAAUUACACGGAUUUUGUGACGAACAGGGUUAUGGAGCCGUCGUUUACAUUAGAACCAUUAGCGUUAAUAGGUCGACAAUAUGAUUACUUUGUGCCAAAUCAAGAGUGGCUCCGUUAAGCUUGUCACGCUCCCACGACUCCGAUCUGUUGUCGAUCCAUUAUUAGAUCCGAAACGGGAUAAUUGUAAACGCAACCUACGCUUGGUCAGAUUCAAC